CCCAUAUUUUUAUGGGAUGGAUGAAGUAUUUUUUAAUAAUUUUAUCCUUAUUUUUCACCUAUAAAUAAGUCUUUCCCCAUUUUUACCUAGGUUUAAGAAUUUCAUUUAUUUCAAUUACAGAAUUUUUUUAAUGAUGUAUCUCUUUUAUUUAUAGAGUAAUCAACCCUCUAUAAAAAUCAAUUAGUACUAAACUAUUUAUAAAUAAAUACAAAUAAUGUUUAAAAGGGAGUCAAGUCAAUGCAAUAUGCCCUUUAAAGAGAUAAGUAGGGAAUGCAGCAAAGCAAUACACAGAAAUGUCCACCCUCACAAUCUUGUUUCUCCUCCUCGUUUCUACAGCAGCAGAGGCCCAAACAAGAUCAUCCAACAUCACCUUAGGCUCUUCCCUCACACCCACCUCCAACUCCUCCUGGCCUUCCCCCUCUGGUGUGUACGCCUUUGGAUUCUUCCCCCUUCAUGUUAACAGCUACGCUGUCGGCAUCUUUCUUCCCAACAAAACCGUCGUCUGGACAGCAAAUAGGGACACCAAUCCAACCGUCCCUGACAAUGUCGUCUCCCUGCUACUAUCUGACGACGGCAGGCUAAUCCUGCGCCGGAGGCAAGGCCCAGAUGUAGAGGUCAUCAGCCCCUCCACAAUCAUCGCGUCGGCAUCAAUGCUCGACAGCGGCAACUUUGUUCUCUACGAUUCCGAGUCCAGAAUCAUCUGGCAGAGUUUCGACCACCCGACCAACAUCCUCCUCCCCGGCCAGCGACUAACAUCGGGGAAAGCGCUCUUCUCCAGUGCAUCCGAGACCGACUACAGGAGAGGGAUUUUCAAGCUGACGAUGCAGGGGGAUGGAAACCUUGUGCAGUAUCCUGUCGACUCACCGAGCUUAGGGCCUUACGCUUACUAUAACUCAGAAACAGACGGAGCAGGUGGUAAUGUCUCUCUAGAGCUCGACAGCGAUGGCCGCCUUUAUCUUGUCAACAGUAGUUUGCCUCUGAAGAAUAUAUCCAGUGGUGGAUUCCCUACGCAGGGGUCGAUCAAUCUCAUGAGGCUUGAUGUCGGAGGAAUUUUCAGCAUCUACUCUCUGUCGCUUGGUAAUCUCACCAUGACCAGGAGAUGGUCCUCCACGCUCGACAAAUGUGAUCCCAAAGGUUUUUGUGGAGUCAACUCCUUCUGCGUUCUGAUGGAUAAUAAACCGGAAUGUCCGUGUCUUCCCAGUUUCGUCAACGUUCAGUCUGGCAACAACACAGCUGGCUGUUCUAGAAACUUCGUAGCGCAGGGCUGUGCCAAAAUUGACGAUAGAUUGAAAUACGACAUGAGAAGGGUCGAAAACUCAGAAUGGGAGGAUAACUCAUAUGAGAAUUUGAAUGUAAUGAGCGAAGAAGAGUGCAGCAAAGCAUGCCUCGAUGACUGCAACUGCGAAGCAGCCUUCUUUAAAGACAACCAAUGCAAAAAGCAGAAGCUUCCGUUAAGAUUCGGCAGAAGGUCUAUUGGAACCUCAAACAUAGCUCUCGUUCGCGUGAGUACCACCACGGAGCCCAAUAUAGGAGGCAAUUCCGACCAUAACAGAAUAAUAAAAAAAGAGCAGCAUAUGGUGCUCCUCAUCAUCGGCAUUGUGCUUAUGUCUAUAGGCCUCUUGGCCUUAUCAAUUUCUGUAAUCUUUCAUCACAAGAAACAGAAGAACUACAACAGGAUCAAUAAGGACGAUGGAGCUAACUUUGUCGAGGGAAUUUCGCUUCAAGCAUUCACAUUCGAGCAUCUGUCCGAAGCAACAAAGGGCUUCAAGGAAGAGGUGGGGAGAGGAGCAUCCGGAACAGUGUUCAAAGGGGUUCUUCAGAAUGGCCAGAAAAUGGUGGCAGUGAAGAGGUUGGAGAAAGAGUUCACACAAGGAGAGAGAGAGUUCCAGACAGAGCUGAAGACGAUUGGGAAGAUGUAUCACCGAAACCUAGUCCGACUCCUCGGUUACUGUCUCGAUGGAGCCCAUAAACUGCUGGUGUUUGAGUACAUGAGCAACGGCUCCCUUGCUGACAUACUUUUCAAUCAACAGAAACGGUUGAGCUGGGAGGAACGGAUGGAGAUCGCUCGAGAUAUAUCGAGAGGGAUACUAUAUCUGCACCAAGAGUGUGAGACACAGAUUGUUCACUGUGAUAUAAAGCCACAGAACAUACUUAUGGACGAGAAGUGGUGCGCUAAGAUAUCUGAUUUCGGGCUGGCAAAGCUCCUGAAACAAGAUCAGACUAAUACGUAUAGUGGAAUAAGAGGGACUAAGGGCUAUGUUGCACCGGAGUGGUACCUGAAGCAGGCGAUCACAGUGAAAGCAGAUGUGUAUAGCUUCGGAGUGAUGCUGCUGGAGAUCAUAUGCUGCAGGAAGUGCGUUGAUUGGAGCAGGAGUGAGGAUGAGGCGAUUCUUGAGGAAUGGGUUUACGACUGUUAUUCAUCGAGGAAGAUUGGGAGUUUGGUUGGGGAUGAGAUGGUGGAGGAGAGGAAAGUAGAGAGGAUGGUGAAGAUAGGGAUUUGGUGUGUGCAAUAUGAUCCUUCGCUGCGCCCAACUAUGAAGAAAGUUUUGCUAAUGUUGGAGGGAACUGUCGAGAUUCCGAUACCUCCAAGUCCGAGUUCUUUCUUAAGUAGUACAAUCUAGCUAGCUUAACUUACUUCGAUUUUGCUCGUGUAAUUUGUUUCUUUUUCUUUCUAAUAAUCUCAAGUAUCUUGCUGGUUUUAAUCUAUAUCAUAAUCCAAACCAAAUCAUUUCUCUAAAAA